AUGGGUUGCUCCAUAGCUAAAUUUUGGUGAGGAAAAUCAGUCCUGCCCCAUUUUCAUCGCCCGAUAAGCUUGUACUUCAUUAUUGCUUGCAUAAGUUAAAUAAUGUCACCAAUUAGAUGGUAAAGAUGAUAUCUUAUAUCUUACAUGGCUUAGUCAUUGUUAUUUUGCUGCGCUGGUGUGGCUGCUUACACUCCAGAUAACUCCUGCUAGAAAUCAAAUCUAAUCUGACUCAAAUCUUUAUUUAGGGACGCGCCUUCUCAAACACUCUGAAAACAAACACCACAAUCUGGACGAACAUGUUUGACAUCUGCAUUGCUUAACUGAUAUUUGUGGUCCACACCUAAAAGUUUGUAGAUAACGAAGCAAUAUAAAUUAUGGAUGGUUUGUUGAGUCGUCCACAUUUUGACCAUUGGGGUGGCUCGCUGUGAAAUCCUCCUGGCUGUAAGAUCGCUCGUCUCUGCAAGAAUGAAGGCUGGUCACAGGUGUCUCCUUUUCCACUGCAUUUUGCUGUCCGUCACUUUUUUGUGCCACGGAAAAGACGUGUUCUUCAAUGACAAUAGUAACCUCAUACUCCCGGGGUCCUACAAUGUUCCAUGGAUGGCGGGCAUUGAGGAUUUCCGCAUCCUCUCUUCCAUCACCAUCCCUGGUUCCCAUGACAGCAUGGCCCUGUACGGAGGUCCAGAGGCUAAAUGCCAGGCUUUGUCCCUGAGGGAUCAGCUCAGAGCUGGCAUUCGUUUCCUGGAUCUCAAAGUGUUUGGACUGGGUGACACCCUUUAUGUCAUGCAUGGGGUUAUGUUCCAGCGCAGCACUCUCAAGGAUGUCCUAGCCACUGUGCGAACCUUCCUGUCAGAGUUUAGGUCUGAGGCUGUGCUCAUUAGAGUGCAACCAGAGUCCUUUGAGAAGAGCACUGUCAAUCAAAUGGUGCAGAGUCUUAUUGGCAACGACCAACAUGUGUGGGUGAACUCGGGGAUGCCAAAUAUGGGUCAGGUCAGGGGGAAAAUUGUGUUCUUGCAGAAGAGCACCUUCACAUUGGGAAUUCCUCUCAUAGAUACAGGCAGGAAAGGUAGCAACGAGGUUAGCGACGUUAAAAAUAAAGACAACAGAAUCAUCAAGCAGCUGAACCAAGCCACUAUAGCCUGUGGAGGUGAUAACGUUGUUCUGACGUACACUAGCGGCACAGGCUUUGGUACUUUCUGGGGAAUGUUUCUGACUCCAAAGGGAGUGGCUGAGAAGGUGGACCCAUGGCUCAACCAGUACCUGAGACAGUUUUACCCCAAUCAGCCCAGACCGUGCUUUGGUGUCAUUGCCAUGGACUUCCCUGGCUUUGACCUCAUUCAAACUGUUAUCAACUUAAACUGGUGGUAGUCGAGUACAAUGUGCCCAAUUGUGUGUUUGAGAGGUUGAGGGUUUGAAUCUGAUACACUAUGGAAUAUUUCCCCUUCACUGUAAACUGAUGAAACUGAAAUACCUGGAAAUACAAAACGUCAUCUGAAAACUCUCCUUGUCUUUGUCAGUUGAAUCCUUAAAUGUUUAAAUGUGGCAGCAAUGGCAGCAACAUUUUGUGCAUCAUGACAAAAAUAAACUUCAUUUUACCACCUCCUCAUUGAUCUGAAGUGUUCCCCAGUGAUCUUACAUCUCAGGUACUUUGCAUGAAGCUUAAUACUGUCUUAAUGUGCUCUUUGUAAAUACAAUGUUGGAAUACUUUAA